UGUAGGAAUAGCUGAAGAAGAUGAACUUUCAGAGCCUCAUUUUCUAAUUUAUGAUUAAUGAAAAGCCAGCCUAAUCUGUCUGACUUCCUGCUGUCUGGACACAAUGUCUGUGGGGAGCUUGGACCUCGCAGAGGGAAACGCCCUGACCAAGUUUCAGCCUACAAAAGCGAACAGUCUGAGUACGGUGGACAAAAAACUGUAUCUCCUGAACGAAAAGAUGGACAAACUGCUGCAUUUCCAAGAGGAGCUGACAGGCAAACUGCAGCGAGUGGACAGAGGCAUUGGUGAUGUAGGAAAUGGCAGCAAGCAGCUCUCAGCAGCCCCAGCAUCUCCUGAUGAUGCCGCAGGUGCAGGGCACAAAGGGCUGCAGGUACCAGACUGUGCUGCCCAGGCUGACAUCCAGAGCAUCUGCUCAGAAGUGUUGAAUUUGAUGAAAGCUGCCCAGCUAGAUGCCUCCAGCCAUAAGGAGAGGCUGGCAAAGAUAGAGAAAAGGGUUGAUACCCUGGAUAAAGUUAUUACAUUUGUGGGAGAAGUAUUAAAAAAUUCUAAAGUAGUGGAUUACAUUCUCAAAGGCAUUGUGCCCUGGAAGAAGGGGAGUCUGCUGGAAAUCCCUGUUGAGGAUUGUGCCAGAAUAAUGUUCACCCUGGUCAUUGUUGCAGGUUUUCUUAGAGCUGUAAUAAAAAGGGCCAAAGAUAAGUCUGAGGAGAGUGGUGCAAAACCUAAGCAUGUGCUUAGUAACAGAGGAACCCAGACUGAAAGCAAGAAGCCUCUGGAAGAGACAAAAAGCGUGAAAAAGCCGGAUGAAGUCAAGGGGGCGUGUGAGAAGGUGAACACUUCCAGUGCUGUAGCCAGCAAAGCUGAGUCCAAAGCCCAGCCUAAAGACAGGCCAGCACAGCAGCAAGGGACAGAAGGUGCUGGCAAAACACCGAGCUCGAAGAGCUGCCCACAGCAAAGGGACAUCGAUGUCAGAGCUCCGAGUCAAAGCAAUGGUCUGCCCUCGGUGCAUCAGGACCGUGCAGGCAGCCACAGCGCGGCUGCUGAAGCACAGGAGGCGGGCAGAGCCCCCGGCCCGGCUGAGGGCCGCAGGCAGCGAGUGCCUCAGGAGCCCGGCAGCGACGGCGGCGGGGCCGCGGGCCCGGCGUGGCGGGGGGCCCUGCCCUCCACACCCCGCCCGGGUGACACGGGGGGAGAGGUGACACACACCAGGAUAUCUAUCAGUGUACAUAUGACUGACGUGAAAGAAAAGAUUGAGAUGGCCAAAGAGGGAAAUGUAAGUGACAGCAGAGGUAAAAGUCCCAAAGUGAAAUCCACACCAGCAGACUUGAAAGGAGUCAAACAGCUGCCUGACAAAUUAAAACUUCAACAGAGUCCUAAAAACAUCAGCUCCAAGCCAAAUUCAGAAGUUAAAGGGGACAAUAAGCAAAAUGAACUUGUACCUCAGACAGGGAAGCAACAGCCAUUCUUGAGCAAGCCCAAACCAGCUGAAAAAGCUGAAGAGAAAUCAGAAUUAAAGUGUGAGCCCAAAACCUCACAGAAUACCUCUGCAAAGGAGCCUGUGAAAGAUGCAGGGGUAAAAGUGAAAAUCCAUCAAGAAACAGCAAAAGCAGAAAAAUCCCCAGCAGAUGCCAGGUCUGAGAGGAGAGAAUCUGAGAGUGCAGGGGGAAGCAGGCACGAUGCUCAGUGUACAGGAAAGGCACCAGAGAAGACCAAGUUUCUGGAAGCUGGCAGAGCUCUUCCCACUCAAGGAGAAAUCAUUGAUGACAGCCCCUCUCCUCCAGCCCCCUUCGAGCACCGCAUCGUGAGCGUCAAGGCAGCAGAGGUGACCUCGAGCUACUCCGUGUGUCGGCACCAGCUGCUGGGGGGGGGGCGUUUUGGGCAAGUCCACAAGUGCACGGAGAUAUCGACGGGGCUCCACCUGGCAGCCAAAAUCAUAAAAGUGAAAGGAGCCAAAGAGAAGGAAGAAGUAAAAAAUGAAAUUAACAUCAUGAACCAGUUAAAUCAUGUGAAUCUCAUCCAGCUUUAUGAUGCUUUUGAAGCCAAAAAUAAUAUCACUUUGAUCAUGGAAUACCUUGAUGGUGGGGAAUUAUUUGACCGGAUCACAGAUGAAAAUUACCACCUGACAGAGCUGGAUGCCAUCCUGUUCACCAAGCAGAUCUGUGAAGGAGUCCACUACUUGCACCAGCACUACAUUCUCCACUUGGACCUGAAGCCUGAAAACAUCCUAUGUGUAAAUCACACAGGAAACCAGAUUAAAAUUAUUGACUUUGGAUUAGCAAGGAGGUACAAACCCUGUGAGAAGCUGAAGGUGAAUUUUGGGACUCCAGAGUUCCUGGCUCCUGAAGUGGUGAACUAUGACUUUGUUUCCUUCCCCACGGACAUGUGGAGCGUGGGGGUCAUCACUUACAUGCUGCUUAGUGGCCUGUCCCCAUUCCUGGGAGAGACUGAUGCAGAGACAAUGAAUUAUGUAGUCAAUUGCAGCUGGGAUUUUGAUGCAGAAGCAUUUGAACAGCUCUCAGAGGACGCCAAGGACUUUAUUUCCAGACUGCUUGUGAAGGAGAAAAGCUGCCGCAUGAGCGCGACGCAGUGCCUGAAGCACGAGUGGCUCAGCAACCUCCCAGCCAAGGCCCAGCAGUGCCAGCUCCGCCUCAAGUCCCAGCUGCUGCUGCAGAGCUACAUGGCCCACAGGAAAUGGAAGAAACACUUCUAUGUGGUGGCUGCUGCUAACAGGCUGAAGAGAUUUCAGAGUACGUCUGUCAAGCUGGCAUGAGCUUGUGUGAAACCUCCACCACUCCUGGAGAUGGACACGAAGCUGUGGAAGGAGGAUCCAGUGUCUCCAAACGUUUCUAUCCCUGUUUUAUAAAAUAAGGUUUUGGGACUGUCUUCCUCAAUUAUUUUGUGUGUUAGUGCUGCAGUCCCAGAAGUGCCUUAAGGAAGAGGCACAAGAUUUCUAAAAGCAGAAGCUACUUUGUUUGUUUUUACAAGUUUUUAGUUGUUCUAUACAGUGGUGGAAAAGCGUGGCUGUUACUGGGGCUGACUUCUUGCUGAAGGCUUUGAUUCUGCAGAGUAUUUUUGGUGUGUCUAUAGCAGAAAACCCCUGGCAGUUUUCUGGUCUCUCACACUAAGCACAGGAUCUCUAAAGACUUUGUUCCUGACUGGCUGAUGUGUGUUACCAGCUUUAGAGAACUGCCAUACAGUGGCACAACUUGUCCCUCAGGUGUUUGUUACUUAGAAGAUACAGACAUUGUUUUCUCCUGUAUUUCUUUCUAAAAGGUAAUUUCCCCACAACAUGAGGAUGCUUCAGUGCAACUCCAGCUUGGAUGGUUUUGGUUUGUUGUUUGGAUUUUUUAUUAUUCUAUUCUCUCCUUUAAAAAGUAUUCACUACAUAGUUAGGAACUAUGAAGAACUCUGGUUUGAAGUAACUCAAGUCAGUCCAUUGCUGCUGUUUCUUAGGGCAAGUUGAAUUGAGCUGCACUGAUUGAACUUCUGGAAGAUGUGUGAAACUGCCAUGAAUACAAAUCACCUAAUGACUGUUGGGUCUAUGCAGAAGGAUCUCAUGUUGUAGAGAAAAGAGGAGAGUUCCAGAGAUUUUAUGUUUUUAGAACUUGUAAGUGCUUUUCAUUGUCCAUGACUGUAGCACUUAAGUUGCUAAGUUUUAGUUUGAGGAUUUGUUUCCUCUCUCUGGAAAUUUUAAUGCAGUCUGAGCAGCUGGUAUGGUGUGACAUGCAAAACAGGUUUUAUUUCUAAUAGGUUCUGUGAGAGGGAAACAGUGUUGCCUCUGCCUUUAGUCCAGUUAGGAGGUUGAAGCCCUUUUGUUCUUGAACAUUAAACUUUUUAUUCACAGUAUUAACUUAUUUUGGAUUUUAAACUCUUUUCUUAUGUGUGGAGUGGGAGCCACUUACAGUCUCUCAUAUAAAAGUAAAACACUAUUUAUUAAACCAGUGGUUUCCUGUCCUGGAUUCUUAAAAACUCUGUGUGAACUGGAUGGGCUCUUAGGAAAAAGGGAAACUAAUAUUACUAAAAGUACUUUCCAGCAAAGGCACCUGUAAAGCUCCAUUGAACUGGACUUUCACAUCCCUUGAAUUUGCAGAAGUGUUGGUUGCUAAUGAUGAGGUUUGUAAGACUGGCUUACUCUAGCCUAGCUAUCUUCUCCACUCAAGUGCUUCUCACUUUGCACAGUCCUGACUUCUGCAGCAUUUCCAGAGCUGGGACAGAGAAGAAUCUUGUAAUUUAUCACCUUCUAUGAAGGCCCACUUUUGUUCAUGUUUUCCUUCCACAGUAUUUCUGCAUGCUGAAUGUCAUUGUAUUCA